GACACCGCCGGGAUUCCUGCAGCCCGAACCGAGCUGGAGAGCCUCUCUCCAGCUGGAAUUUCCUAGAAAACAACAGUAAUCGCUGGAAAAGCCCAGGUGUCCUAGCCAAGGCCUGGGGAAGGCGGGAGACGGAGACGAGCAGCGGCUCCCCGGGCGGGGGGGGCUGUGCUGCCCGCACCCCCUGCCCGGCUUUUCCAGCUGCCUGCGGGAUCCCGGGCUGGUUCCUGCAGGGAUUUGCUUCCAUGGAAAGUCUGAACCCCCUCCGAGCGCCGGCGGCGCCUCUCUGCCCUCCGGGAGCUGGGGAUUAGAUCAGGAAAUGAGGCACAAGCAGAGACUCCUCCGGCUGCAUCCCGGCCCGCGCUCCCUCUCCAUCAUUCCAUCAGGAUGAGAGCGACGGGGCUCUUCGUGCUGUGCCUGCCAGUGCUCCUGGCACAGGGACAGUACAGCCGCUUCGAGGGGAUCACCUAUCCCGAGCCGGUCCAGUAUUCCCAGUAUGACCAGCAGGCAGAAAUUCAGGAUUACUACGACUACCACGAUGUCACCCCCCGAGCCCCGGAGGAGCAGUUCCGGUACCAAUCCCAGCAGCAAUCCCAGCAGGAAACCGUGCCGGCCCCGACCCCAGCUGCGGUUCCCGAGACGGAGCCCACGGAGCCGGGGCCGCUCGACUGCCGGGAGGAGCAGUACCCCUGCACCCGGCUCUACUCCGUGCACAAGCCCUGCAAGCAGUGCCUGAACGAGAUCUGCUUCUACAGCCUCCGCCGGGUUUACGUCAUCAACAAGGAGAUCUGCGUCCGCACCGUGUGCGCCCACGAAGAGCUGCUGCGAGCCGACCUGUGCCGGGACAAGUUCUCCAAGUGCGGCGUGAUGGCCACGAGCGGCCUGUGCCAGACCGUGGGCGCGUCCUGCGCCCGCAGCUGCGGCGGCUGCUGAGCCCCCGCCGGCGAUCCCGGGAUCCCGGCCCCUUCCCGGCCCCUUCCCGGCCCCUUCUCCCGCUCCGGACCCGCCCCCCGCGCCGCUGGAGAUCCCGUGCAUGAACGAGCAGCUUCCCGAAAUCCCAGAAUUUCUGGGUUUUGUGCACAUAAUAAUUAAAACAGGGGGGGUUUAUUA